AUGCUGCUGCUAGCUUCAGCUUUUUUUCUGACGCUACUGCAGUGCUCUAAUGCUCAAAGCAAAGUAAGCAGUACACCUGCAGACUGUAACACCAUUGAAACAGAUGCAGGAGUGGCCCUGGAUUUGGUCAACAGACAUCGCAGAGAUGGCUAUGUUUUUGGUUUAUUCCGUGUCGCUGAUGCACGUGAACUACAUACAGGAAAUUCAUCAAUCCUCUACCUAACUUUGGAUGUGGUGGAAACAGAAUGCCCUGUACUAUCCAGAAGACACUGGCAGUCUUGUGAAUAUGGUGAUACCUACUCCAUGGACUUUGGGCAAUGUAAGGUCAUCACACAUACAAACCAACUGCUGAAGAAAACCCAACUAUAUGGAUUUAAUUGUACAUUAAGUCCAGUUCCUCCUGAUUUAUUAGAGUGCAAAGAUUGUCCUGUGAAAGUUGAAGUCUUAGAAGUCACUGAGCAACAUAAAGAUAUUGCUGCAAAGGCCCUGGAGAAAUUCAACAGGGAGAGUAAUGAAACAAACUACUUCAAAGUUGACAAAGUCGACAAGAUUUUGAAGUCGACUGCCUCCCGUGAAGUUCACACUUUAGGAUUCUCUAUAAAAGAGACCAACUGCUCCAAAUCCACAAAACAAGCAGAUCAGACACUGGAAUGUGAUUUUCUGGAUGACUGGCAUGCUCACGUGGGAUUCUGCAAGGCAAGAAUUGUCAGCAACACGGAUGACCCCGAUGGAACAGAUAUAAGCUGUGAAAUCUACCAUUCUGGGCCACACAGACAUCCGCACUUCCAUCAUCAUUUUGGCCACCAACACCGUCAUAGACAUCAUCACAGGCAUGGAUGUCCACCCCCUUCUCAAUCCAGACCUGAGGAUUCUGAGCACAACCAUAGUUCCAACAAAGAAGAGCAAGACAGCCAUGAAGAAACUCCUCCUCCCCACCAUGGUGGACCACAUCACCACUUUCACCCUCCACACCAUUGUCCUCCACCUCCUCCCCAUGGUGGACCACAUCACCCUCCACCUCCUCCCCAUGGUGGACCACAUCACCCUCCACCUCCUCCCAAUGGUGGACCACAUCACCCUCCACCUCCUCCCAAUGGUGGACCACAUCACCACCCUCCACCUCCUCCCAAUGAUGGACCACAUAGUCAUCCACAAGAGGAAUCACAACUUUCUUCUUCUGCUCCUCCUCCCCAAGACAAACCACCUCUUGGCCCCCAUCAUGGGCCACAUCACCACCAUCCUCCUCACCAUCAUGGACCCCACUGUCCUCCUCCCCCUCCUCAUGGGCCACAUCACCACCAUCCUCCUCCCCCUCCUCAUGGGCCACAUCACCACCAUCCUCCUCCCCAUCAUGGACCUCACUGUCCUCCUCCUCCACAUGGGCCAUAUCACCACCAUCCUCCUCCUCCAGGACAUCCUCAUCUCUGUCAUCACUAUCACGGGCAUCACUGCAACAAGACAAGAAUAUCAGGAAAGUACUCCCCAUUCCAAGUCACAGGAGCUCUUUAUCGCAUUCCAGUUCUAAAUCAGCAUGAUUCUCUAACACCUCCAAGCUUCCCUGAGCUAUCCCAAAGCAACUCUCACUCCUCCAGCACUGAUGAAAGCUUUCCUUUCACGGGCUCAAGUCUAAAGGAGGUGCUAGAAGCAUCAGACUUGUCACAAUCAAAGUCAUGCCCAGGAAACCCCAAACUUGAUCUUCCAAAAAUUUUGCCUUUAUUUCCACAUAGCUCCGUGGAAAAAAAAUCUGCUAAAUGA